GCGUCAUUCCGGCCGCGGCGCGCCAUCACACGCCCGUGCCCGCGCCGCUCGCGUCCUCCGCCGCCGCGCAAACUUCGCGACAAGUGCCAAAAACCAGUGAGCAAGUGCCGCCAACUCAGUGCCAGUUUGUGUUGAAGUGACCCGCAACUUUUCUAACGCGAAAACUCAAAUUUCGACCCCACUUGUCUCUCACCAUUUGUUCAAAUACGGAUUUGUUUAAGUUCACUAUUGAUGGAUUGGAAGAUUCAACGUUACCAUAGGUGCUGGUGGAUGUGCCAAGGAAUUCUGUUCACGUUUGUUUGAACAACAGCAGUAUUAGUUGUGGCCGUGGUUGCUCAGGUGCUCUUGUUGACAAGAGUGUCGUCAGAGCCUGCCCAGAGAGAACAUUCAUCGGGAACUAAGGGCUCACUCGAGCGCGCCCGGCAAUAAUGCUGUCGUCGGCCGGUCGCUGACGCGGGAACCAGAAAGGAAUACAAACUUUAAUUAUCGACCUGUGAUAGAUAUGGAAUGAACGUUGGAGGACCAAUAUGGUCGUUCGCCCCCCGGCAGCGCGACGGCCGCCCCCGACCUAGAGAUGCGCUCCAAGCAGCAGCCGCGCCCCUCCUACCGCUGGCUCAACACUAAUGAAACAGAAGAAGCGUCCAGUCCCCAAGGCGUGAAGGAAGCCGUUGGCGAGCGGGGCGAGGGGACGCCCCCGUCCCCCGCAUCCCGCGCGUCACCAUCCCCGGCCCCCGACGAACGGGAUGACAUCGAGCACAGCAUCCCCGCGACCCUCAUACAAGACCCCAAUGUUGAAAGGGAGUCCCCGCGAUGCCUGUCGCGGGAGUCGUCUGGCGCGCCGCGCUGCCCCUCCAGCGACUCGGUGUACUCGGGGCGCAGCGCGGGGCUGGGGCUGCCGGCCGCACUGACCGCCGCCCUACCAGCCGCCCUCCUGCCCCCACACUCCGCCGCCGUGGCCGCCUACCUCGGCGCCGCCGCCGCUGCAGCACAACAACGCCUCCUCAUGUCUUGUCAUGAAGACCUCACCGAUCCUGACCGAGCUGAUGCCCUCGACUUCAGCACGAAACGAAGCGAAUCACCUCCAGAUGAUGAGGACGCUGAUGACGCCGUCAACCUCAGUAAGACCCCGGAGAAUAGCCCACUAGAUCUUUCAGUCGGUACUAGGAAACGUGGACCGGAGGACUCUCCCUCUCCUGUACCUUCGAGAAAGAGUUCAAGGACUGAGUAUAAACCUUCACCGUCUCCAUGGUCAACUCCGGUGGCUCCACAUUUGCCAUACUUCGCGGCUGCUGUGGCCGCGGCUAGUCUUUCUCCAAAGGGCGGAGUUCCUGGAGACUGGAACGGUAAAUUAAAACAUGGGGCUCCGACUCCUAGCGAUGCCACAAAGGCACUUGAGAAGAUGAGCGAGCUGAGUAGGCUUGGUGGUGAGGAACUGUUCCGAUCUGUACAAAGCGCUGCUUUAGGGGCUGGAUUAGCACCCAAUGCUGCAGCUCGACACUCAGCCUGGCAGUCACAUUGGCUCAACAAGGGCGCCGAUCAGACAAAAGAUGUACUUAAAUGCGUCUGGUGUAAGAAAAGUUUCAACUCCCUUGCGGAUUUAACUGUUCACAUGAAAGAAGCAAAGCACUGUGGUGUCAAUGUCCCAGUUCCACCAGGCUCAGGGGCUCCUCUUCCCCCGUCUCUGCAACCACCAUCAAGCUCUCCUUCAACGCCUUCACACAAUUCCACAUCCUCGAGCGGAUCCUCGAAGCCUAGUCAAAGUGAUUUGAACAUGCUAAUCAAAGAAAAUAUGCCAAUCCCUAGAAAACUAGUAAGAGGACAAGAUGUAUGGUUAGGGAAGGGUGCGGAACAAACUAGACAGAUAUUGAAAUGUAUGUGGUGUGCCGAGAGCUUCCGUUCUCUGGCUGAGAUGACAAGUCACAUGCAAAGAACGCAGCAUUACACGAAUAUAAUUUCGCAAGAGCAGAUAAUAUCUUGGAAGUCUUCAGAUGACGGCAAGGGGGGAUCAGCUCCAAGCGGUGGGUCAGGAGGAGCCGCUGCGGCGCCCCCGCCCACUGGCACGAGCAGCCAUGUUAGCGCUGUACUCACUUGUAAAGUUUGCGACCAAGCAUUUAGUUCAUUGAAGGAAUUAAGUAAUCACAUGGUUAAGAAUUCACAUUAUAAGGAACACAUCAUGAGAUCUAUUACAGAGAGUGGAGGUAGGAGACGACAGACUCGGGAGAAAAGAAAGAAAUCUUUACCUGUUAGAAAAUUGUUAGAACUGGAGAGAGCACAGCACGAGUUCAAAAAUGGAGAAGGCAAUGGAAUCCCAAUGGGAAAACCAAGUAGAGACUUUGGUGCUGGCAGCAGAAUCACUUGCGAGAAGUGUGGUGAUAAAAUAGAAACAGCUGUAUUUGUGGAACAUAUAAGACAGUGCAUAGGCGCUCCCAUGUCCAAUAGCCAAAGGAAUUUCCUGAAAAGCGCUCUGAUGUCAAACAAUAUAAUUCCACCAGACCCUGGACACGUGACCCCGACAGGGCGUGACGGUCGUAAGAGCAUCAACGAAGAAAUGCCAUCACCUGGAUCCGCGCACCACCGCUCUCCCUCCUCAGUCAACGACUCCUCCCCGAGCUCUAAAGACGCUAACGCAAGCAACGACAAAAGCUCUUCACCCUCCGUACUAAAUGCCAUAGAACAAUUGAUAGAAAAGAGCUUCGAUACACGAUCACGACAUUCGGUUCCCGGUAUGGCGGGAGCACCUUCGCAUGCGCCCAUCGGUUCCAGUAUUCUAAAAAGACUGGGAAUCGAUGAGAGCGUUGACUACACGAAGCCUCUCGUAGACCCACAGACUAUGAGCAUGCUGCGCAGCUACCAGCACCAGCAGCACUACGCCCGGCGCGAGCGCAGCGGGAGCGAGUCCAGCUCGCUGUCGGAGCGCGGCGGCCGCCUCGAGUCGCUCACUCCAGACAGGAAGACCGAGCAGUCGUACCUGGGCACCCCUCGCUCCACUCCCGACACGCGAGCCUCACACACGCCCGCCGCAGAUGAGCGCGCUACUGAACUCAGGAUAAAGAAAGAGGUGCAGGAUGACGAUGAACAAGAGAAUGGUGUCGAUCUAAGCGGCCCACCAGUGCGGGUCAAGACUGAGGUCGAAGAUGAUGACGAGCCUCCUCGCUCCGCCAGCGUCGCUGAUGAGGACGUAAAAAAAACGAUCCCAAAACGUGAGAGCGCUGGCCCGAGCCCAGCGGCCAGCCCGCGCAGCCCCGCCAGCGACCGCUCUACUGCCACACCCGGUGACAGGAAACCAGCCUCCAGCCUCGGUGCGCUCUCCUCCAUGUUCGACAACCUCGCCGGAGGUGGCUCCUCCAGCGAGGGGGGGUCCUCGCGCCGCGCCGGCAGCCACCCGCUGGCCGCGCUGCAGAAACUGUGUGACAAGACAGAGAACAACCCGUCCCGCGCGCCGCCCCCCGCGCCCUCCCCGGGCGGCCCGCCCAGCAUCCUCACCUUCAGCUGGGCGUGCAACGACGCCGUGGUCACCGACUCGGUCAUGAAGUGCGCGCUGUGCGACACUCCAUUCAUCUCGAAGGGCGCGUACCGCCACCACCUGUCCAAGAUGCACUUCGUGAAGGACGGCGCGCUGCCGGAGCCGGUGCUGGUGAAGGCGCCGCCGCCGCCCUCGCCCGGCGCCGCGCCCCCCCCGCCCGCCUCGCCGCAGGACCCGCGCAGCCCCUCGCAGUCCUUCGACGAGAGUCCUCACUCCAAGUUUCUCAAGUACACGGAGCUCGCCAAGCAGCUGUCUAGUAAAUACGUGUAGGCGACGCACGCGGCUGUCGGCCAUCAGUUGUGAUGAUACCAUAUCUUGCUACGUUAAACCUAUUUAGGGUUAGUGCGGGUCGUCGGACGGCGACUAUAAGUAUUUUGAAACUCUUUGCCAAUUUAAUUACUUAGGAAAUUAUUGAUAGCGUUCACCGCAUAGUUCGGUUAGUGUAAUUAACGAAUAGCUACUUAAGUAUACGCCAAACGUCUUACGUUCAUUUAGGUGUAAGAGAAUAUUUUCAAAAUAUUGCCUUUAGGGAGUGGUGGUUGUUCGGCGCUCGGGCCUCUCCGCGGUUCAUCGUAAUUCCAUUUCAAUAAUAAUUGUAAAUAGAGUCUCAUUAAGUCAUAAAGUUCGAUUCGAUCUCUUGUAAAUGUAUUUUUGCUAAUAAUGGAAAACUAAUUACGUUUUGUAAUGUUAAUUGCAAUCUGCCUUUUGCAUGUGAUUGAAUUCAACCGCAGGGUCGGCGUCAACUCUCAGUAUUUUGAAAUUUGUUGCAAUAUCAUUUUGUUUUACUUAACAUUCUUUAUGUAAAUCGAGAGGUAGGAAAUUUAAGUUCUUUUUUUCUAUGUAUAUUUUGAAGGUUUUGAAAUGUUUUAAUAAUUUGUUUGGCGAUGUAAUCUCAGAGAUCCAAUCUCAGCUAGUGUCGGUUCAGGUGCCGAGAUGGUGUACAGACGAUCCACGUAGGACGCAAUAUAUUAUUAUUAAAUCUCCCUAGAUGUAAAAUUCGCUGUAGGUCGCUCUCCUGCUGAUUGCUAUUUAUUAUUUUAGUAUUUAAGAUGUACUUUUAGGUAUCCUACUGCGUCUGUGAACAUUGUAUACCAAUAGUUAUACCAGCGAUAAAUUCGUCAGUCCUAGAGACACAUUUAGAUAUUUUGAUGAUAUAAAAAGUGAUAUACAUUAUACUGUUUUCUUUUUCGAAAGAUAAACGAAACAAUCGUAUACGUUUAGGACCUUCUAAAAUGUGUAAUGAGAGUAUCUUCCAAUUGUAACAACAGCUAUACGACAUGUAUAUACGGACUGAGUGUAUUCUCGGUUUUAUAUUUAAUAACAAUAUUGUAAACAUUAUUAUGUAAGGUACAGACGAUAUCAAAACUUGCAAGAGUCCUGUGAAAAGUGAUUUCAAUGUAUAUUUCAAUAUUUCCGUUCUUGUGUGCACGAUCUAUGGUUAUGACCUGGGUUCAAUAGUUAACUUUGAAUUUCAAUCAAAUAAUUAUUCAUAUUAUCAUACGAACUAUGUCAUUAUUAACAUACAGUGAAAUCACUUCAUGUUGCUCUUAAAUUUUAAAUCGAUUACUAAAGUAUCAUUUUAUCUAUAGUAAAAAACCAUACGACAAAAUUAUGUAUACGCUAGCUCUGAUGAGAAACUUUUUGCUCAUUCUUAAUGAAAAAAUGGUGUUGAAAAAUAUUGAUUUUACCAAAUUUAAUAAUCUUAUUUAAUAUUUUAUGUUGUAUUUCAAAAUGCAAUUAAAAGCUCAAAGAAAUAUAUAUGUUACAUACUUUAA